AUCAAUGGCUUCCAAGUCUGAUGUUCGACUUCUGAUGAAUGAUGGAAACACAAUUCCAGUUAUAGGCUUUGGCACCUAUGCACCAGAAUAUGUUCCUGCUGCUGACAGUGAGAAAGCUGCAAAGAUAGCCAUUGAUGUGGGUUUUCGUCAUAUUGAUGGGGCUCAUCUGUAUUUUAAUGAGAAAGAGAUUGGACGUGCAAUUCAAGAGAAAAUUGCAGAUGGGACCAUAAAACGACAAGACUUAUUUUACACUGGAAAGUUAUGGUCCACCUUCCACGUGCCAGAACUCAUUCAAUCGCAUGUUAAACAGUCCCUCCAGACUCUCCAACUAGAUUACAUGGACCUUUACUUGAUCCACUGGCCAUUUUCUUUAAAGUCUGGAGGAGAAUUUAUGCCAGUGGAUGAAAAUGGGAAAAUUAUUUUUGACACAAAUGUUGACCUUUGUGCAAUUUGGGAAGCUCUUGAGCAAUGUAAAGAUGCCGGGCUGGUGAAAUCUAUUGGUGUCUCUAAUUUUAACCGCCGGCAACUGGAACUGAUUCUAAACAAGCCAGGACUGAAGUACAAGCCAGUCUGUAAUCAGGUGGAAUGCCACCCUUACCUCAACCAAAGUAAACUGCUGAAAUUCUGCAAGUCGAAUGACAUCCUACUGGCUGGAUACAGUGUUCUAGGCUCACACAGACACAAGGACUGGGUGGAUCAAACCUCUCCAGUGUUACUGGAAGAUCCUGUUUUAGCUGCAAUAGGAAAACAAUACAACAAAAGCCCAGCUCAAGUUGCUUUGCGCUACCAGAUCCAGAGAGGGGUCAUAGUAAUUGCAAAAAGUUACAAUCCUGAGCGGAUCAAAGAGAACAUCAAGGUCUUUGAUUUUGAGCUGUCCUCAGAAGACAUGAAACUGAUUGAUGGGAUUAACCGUAAUUUGAGAUAUGUUGCAAUACCAGUCUUUGCCGAUCAUCCGCAGUAUCCAUUCAAAGACGAAUACUAAAGAGAAUUUACUGAACCAUUGAGAAAGAACAAAACACUGCAAAGCAUUUUAGAUCUGUUUUAUCUACCAGGUAGUAGAAAAAUAUAUUUUUUUUUAAAAAUGUGGUCUUAUUCAAAAACAAUAUCAAACAAAA